CUCUUCCGGUGGAGACGUGGCUCUGUGCUGCUGCCAUAUUGCUAACUAACAAUCACACAACUUCUAGUCAGCUGGGCGCUCCACCUAGCUAUUAGAGUGACCAGAAAUCACCAAAGCUACAAACACGAGAGACUGAAGAUCGUUGCACCAUAGAGAGAGACCAAAAUGGUGCUGUUGGCAGCGGCGGUGUGCACCAAGGCCGGCAAGGCCAUCGUAUCGCGGCAGUUUGUGGAAAUGACCCGGACACGAAUUGAAGGACUCCUGGCUGCGUUUCCUAAACUGAUGAACACGGGCAAGCAGCACACCUUUGUGGAAACAGACAGUGUUCGCUAUGUGUACCAGCCACUGGAGAAACUCUACAUGGUCCUCAUCACCACCAAGAACAGCAACAUCCUGGAGGACCUGGAGACACUCAGACUCUUCUCCCGUGUGAUCCCAGAGUACUGUCGCGUGCUGGAGGAGAGUGAAAUAUCGGAGCACUGUUUUGACUUGAUCUUCGCCUUUGAUGAGAUUGUGGCACUAGGCUACAGAGAGAAUGUCAACCUGGCACAGAUCCGCACCUUCACAGAGAUGGACUCCCAUGAGGAGAAGGUUUUCCGUGCUGUCAGAGAGACCCAGGAACGAGAGGCCAAGGCAGAGAUGAGGAGGAAGGCCAAGGAGCUGCAGCAGGCCAGGAGGGACGCUGAGCGCUCUGGGAAGAAGGUGCCAGCGUUUGGCGGUUUCGGCAGCGCUGGCAUGACCAGCGUGUCCUCAGGGUCCAUCAUCACAGACACCAUCGUCGAGCCUGAGAAGCCCAAGAUCACACCAGCUCCAGUCAGACCAAGUGGACCCAGUAAGGCUCUGAAACUGGGUGCUAAAGGAAAAGAAGUGGACAAUUUUGUUGACAAGCUCAAGUCCGAGGGUGAAACCAUCAUGCCCACCUCAGGAAAGAGAGGCUCAGACGUAUCUAAAGCUCUGCCACCACCAGUCAAUGUGGAGAGCGUACAUCUGCGUGUGGAGGAGAAGAUCUCGCUGACCUGCGGCCGUGACGGCGGCCUACAGAACAUGGAGGUGCUGGGCAUGGUGACGCUCCGAGUCACAGACGACAAAAACGGACGCAUCCGCCUCGUUAUCAACAAUAAUGACAGCAAAGGGUUGCAGCUGCAGACACAUCCCAACGUGGACAAGAAGUUGUUCACAUCUGACUCCAUUAUUGGCCUGAAGAACCCAGAGAAGUCCUUCCCUCUCAACAAUGAUGUUGGUGUGCUGAAGUGGAGACUACAGACCACAGACGAGUCCCUCAUACCUCUAACCAUAAACUGCUGGCCUUCAGAGAGCGGUACCGGCUGUGAUGUCAACAUUGAAUAUGAGCUGCAGGAGGAGAGCCUUGAGCUCAACGACGUGGUCAUCAGCAUCCCUGUACCCUCUGGGGUGGGAGCUCCUGUGAUUGGUGAUCUGGAUGGAGAGUACAAACACGACAGCAGGCGAAACAUCCUGGAGUGGUGCCUACCUGUCAUCGAUGCCAACAACAAGACCGGCAGCCUGGAGUUCAGCAUCGCUGGACAGCCCAAUGAUUUCUUCCCUAUCAAUGUGUCCUUUGUGUCCAAGCGCAACUACUGCGACAUCCAGGUUACCAAAGCGACUCACGUAGACGGUGACAGCUCCGUUAGAUUCUCAUCAGAAACCUCCUUUGUUGUCGACAAAUACGAAAUCCUGUAAAAAAUAUUCAAAGGAAACGACAAAAUCAAAAAAUAAAAAUCACCAACAAAAAAAAGUCCAGAUCUAUGCUACAGAGAAAGAUUGAAGAUUUCUUGCCUGCCCACCCUGUAUACUAUUUGAGAGACUGUACAUCGACAGGACUACGUCAGCAUUUUGGCGAAGCCUCUUCCUGUGGUGGAGCAGAGCAGCGGUGGUGUAUUUAUAUGUUUGUAUGAGAGAAGUUCAUCUAUAUAUAGAGUUAAUUGAACAGGAUACACCAACAAACACACACACACACACACACACACACACACAAAGAAACCUACACUGAUGCUGUUGUGUUCGCCAAGCAGAACUGUAAAGAGGACUUCAGACUAAGUAGAGGAUGACUGCGGGGGUGCAGGAGACGCCAGCAGCCGUCUCCUUGUCAGUCUAUCAGUAAAACCCUGCCAGGAGGUAGAGAGGGAGAACAGGGACCUGAGGCCACUAUCAGUCUCCACUAGAGUGAGCGCUGGCAGUUUAGCAUCCCCCCGCCUAGCCCCCACCCCCCGAGAAUCCAACAUCCUCCACAACCUGUCUUCACUUGCAUUGCAAUGUUCAUCGAUUGUUGAAUGGGGUUCUUGUUUCUUUUUUUUCUUUUCAGAUCUUAUACAUAAUAACUGCAGAAUUGUAGCCGUUUCAAUCAUAAGCCUGUCAUUCUUUAAUCGUUAAACUCUUGUGAUUUGCUUUAUUGAUAUCUCACGUCAGAUGACUGUUUUUGUUUCUUUCUUGUGAAGACUCCUUGAUUUUUCAGUUUUUGUAGACAUCGGCUCUUCGUUGAAAGGCAACAUAAUGGCUCUGUGCUCAGUAUAUUGUCCGUACUGUCUGCGGUUGUCAUCAGCAAAAUUGUCCUUUUAUUUUAAACUCUGGUAUUUUUUACUGUUUGCUGUAUAAUUUUUCAUUGUUUACCACUAAUCUGGAUGUAGAAAUUUGACAGCGAAGAGCAGGACUUUGUAAGGGAUUCUCAGCUGCAGGGCAGAGUUACCUACCAGUAAAUACGUUUGACUGUUUCAUCUGUUGACUUUUUCUGAUGAUCUUUUUUUUUUUCUCUUGUAAGUAACACCAUUACAACCACUCCUCACUUUGUCAACAAAAAAAAAGAGACGCCGUGUUUCACUCUGGUCAAUUUAAGUCCAGUGAUCAGCCCUCAGAUAUCAGACUUUAAAAAUGCUUUGAAGGAGGCCCAGAAACAACAUCCAAGCCCCUAAUCUAACGUCCCACAAGAGGCUUUAGAUGUGAGCUGGGAGUGGAUGUGUGCUGGAUCAGAGACCACUGGCCUCAUAUUCAACCCCUCACAUCCAAGGUAAGCAGGGAGCCCUCGCAAUAAACUGCUGUUCAUCCACCCAGUCAUCCUUUACUUACAUUCUCAUAGUACAUCAACAUUAUUCAAAAUAUAACAUUUGUCUUUCAUGUUUUGUUUUUUUUUGUUUUUUCAUUUGUACUCCCCAAAUUUCAAUUUAGCAGUGGUUGUGGACGUGGGGUUGAAAAUGACUAGACAGCAUUUUUAACUAAAUUGCUGAAGGGGAAUCUUAACAUUCCAGAGUACAAUUAGAAAAAAAAAAGAAUCUUUAAUGGAAUAAAAUGUAUUAUUGAAAAUGGAA